AUGAUCGAAGCUGGAACCAAACCACCAAUCACUGGGGGGUCACAUUUUGAACCUGGUACUAUAGCGAGAAAAAGUGAUGCGAGCAAUCUGAACCGUGCACACCGAAAAGCUCUCGCGGGGGACUGGUCUGAGAAGACAAAGCAAGUAACGAUGACGCAGGACAAGUACAUUGACUGCCACUUGGACUCGGUGCUUCAAGACAACCUCCACGUGGAAGAUAUUCGAAACACUGCCCCUUGGAUUGGACUUUUUAACGUAUCUAUUGACCGAUCGGGUGCUCGGAACGGGCCGAAAAAUGUUCGAAUUAGUGCCAAAAGGAACCUGAUUGUUUCAGGUACUUUGGAGCAGAAUGAAACAUCAUUUACUGCUGACGGUCGGAGGCGCCUGAGAGGAAGAACGUGGCCGGUUCCUGAAGUAGCGGGUGGUGGUCCUGUUCACCAGCCCCAAGCAGACCUGAAGUGUGGCACCAAGCAGUCGUGGCGCCGUGAGACUGGUUGGAUAUGCUGGAAGGGCAGAAAUUGCCAGGUGUUCAAGCCUCAGGCUUCAACUACAUACCGUCGUGGAUUGCUGUGGUGUCAAUAUCCAAUGACACCGUGCUGGGCACAUUUCACUAUGAAACAAGAAUAUGUCUUCCCUUCAUUGCUGCCUCUACUUUUUCCUUCCUUCCUGGACAUGAUGCCCUCAACUGAGCUGUUACAUCCAACCCUGUACCACCAUGAUGACUGGAGAAUUAUAGUACUCAAAGCGUUCCCUGAGGCUUCCUUGUCUCCUCCCAUUCAGUCGCCGGAGGCUGUCGUUCCCUGA